UGAAAGAAAAAAACAUACAACUUUAUUACUCGUUACACUUUUAUUCCACUUUUUCAAUUAACUGCGGAAGAACAUUUUUGAAAGUACAAUUAUAGAAUAUAGUUACAUUUCGUAGGAGUUUAGGGCUAUGCCAAUAACCGGAGGAAUGAUAACAUUUUUACCUUGUAUCGAAAGUAUUUUCCCUAAAAGGUACGGUAUUGUAUAAACACAAAAAUUGCAAAAGUUGUUUUUUCACAAACCUAGAAUGAUGAAUCUGUUAAAGUAAAAUUUCUUAUAAAUAAGAACAACAUUUUAUUAUGUAUGGUGAUACAAAAUAAAUUAAUUAUUUUUUAACACUAUUUUUAAAAAUACAUCAGUUUUACCGCAUAACCGCGCGUUGCGGUAAGCGGUGCGGUUUUAAUAUUUUUGGCGGUUGUGGUGCGGACAAUCCAUUUACCGCCCACAUCCGCACCGCAACGAACCCUACUCAGGAGACAUUAUGACAAAAAGAAAUAGGCUUGAAGGAUAAAAAGCAACAGCAGUGUUUUCCUCGACAUCCCUGGACGCCAGGACAGUCUGUUUAAAACCAGGACAACCUACUAUUAGAUCGGAUGAUUGGAACUUGAGUUACAGCAAUUUAUUGGCCGUACUUUUUAAAUCAUAUGUCGGUACGUAAUAUUCGAAGCAAACACAUUUCAUGCAACGAUGUUCACGAAAAUACAAUAGUUGUGUAGUACGAAAAUUACUAUUUUCACUGUAGGCAAACUCUUUUUAUUAAUUGAAACGUAUUUUUUAGGCAAAACAUUGCAAUUAAUUGAAAAUUGUUUUACGAAAUAGUUAUUGUAAUCAGUAACAAAAUUUUAAAAGUGUUGCUGAAUCGUUGGGUUUCCUCUGGAGACAUUGUUUGCGAUGAAAACAAUAUUACAAUGUAAGCUUCAUUGUCUAAAAAGAAUUUCAAUGAUUAGUGUGUUAAGAAAUGCCAUAUCAUAUUGUAUGGUGGAUACACUCUAUUUCUUCUGCAAAGUUUGUGUUCUGCGACCCAACAUCUACUAAACAAAUGUAGGUUUGCUAUAAAAUUAGCAGUAUUUAUGACCGGGUUCCUUAAAGAUUGGGUCCAUUAUGCUUCGCCCAGUUUUACUCUGCUUCUCACUAUCUACACAAAACUACUGUCCUGAUAGAAAUCAGAAAUUAGUUUUCAAUAUUCAAUAUCACAUAUCUAGAAGGUAAGUAUCCUUUCAUAAGAACCAUUCGUGCGAAAAAUAUUCAGCUGCCAGAUGUGGGUUCUGUAAUUAAAAUUGUCAUUGAAUCGAAUCCAUUGUUUUGAAAUAUGCUAUAUAAGCAAACCACUUUAAGUAUCCUUCAGUUAGAGAAAUAUGAUCGACUUAAGCUUAUUGGUGGCACUCGCUGCUUUAGUUUCCUGUGGACUAGCAGCGGAUUUUAGGAUUCCAAUCCACCGGAACCAUCGUCGUGGAGAACGCAAUUUUGCUACGAAGCCAUCUCUGGAAGUUGGAGAACGAUUGCGGCAUUAUAACCGCAGAGUGAACAAAACCUUUGCUUUCGAGCAGGGUAUCGGAUAUUACUAUCAGUUUGAUAUUAUGCUGAAACCGGAUGUCGAGCAGAAUGCAAUACUGCCAUAUGAUAAUAACCGGUGGCCAAAUGCAAUUGUACCGUACGUGAUUGCUAGCACAUUUAAUGAUGCUGAGCGUUUAAUGAUUGAAGAAACGAUGAGUCAUUAUGCAUCUUUAACAUGUGUUCGAUUUAAGAAACGUACUACAGAGCGUAUCUUCCUUAAGAUCGACUACACAGCAAGUGGAUGUUGGUCUUACGUAGGAAGAAGUCCGAACAACGCCUAUAACCUAGUAAACCUACAAACACCGGGUUGUAUGACCACUGGUACAGUUGCUCAUGAGUUAAUGCACGCUCUUGGAUUCUACCAUGAAAUGUCCCGACCAGACCGCGAUGACUAUAUACAAAUUAACAUUAGUGCUCUGGUACGGGAGUACCAAACAGAAUCAUUCUACAACGCUAACUUUGCUAAGUACGCGAACGAACAAGUCGAGCUGUAUAAUAUUCCCUACAACUACGGUAGUGUGAUGCACUAUUCAAAGUAUGCAGGGGCGGCAAGUCUUGACAGCCCAGUUAUGAUGCCUACACCUAACCGAGGCUGGACUGCUGACUUCGGCAACGAACAUGGGUUAUCUGCCGUUGACGUCCGGGCAAUUAAAUGUAUGUAUUGCAACGCACCGUGCCAAAGAAGUAAUCUGUAACCGUGCUGGAUUUUCACCAUAAGACAAAAUUGGCUGAGAUCAGGAAGUACAACUGCUGCCAUUAUUACUAUUACAACUACUACUGCCAACAAAAUCUCAACUACCACAAAACCACAGUGCCAAAAAAACCACAUGUGUGUGGUAUUAUCUUCUGUAAACAUUAAAAUUUUACUGCAUC